GAUGAACUCCAAAGAAUCUCCGUAGAUCCAAAGUUAUCAAAACGAUUUCUUUGGACCGCGUCGAAAUAACUCUAGUUUAACGUGAUAUGUUUUUUGAACCCCCCUAUUUGCGUCAGUUGCAGGUAGUCUUGUAGUGGUUUCAUCUGGUGAAGAGCGCACAGUUACCAGCUGCAGGUCGUCCUGUUCGAAGCCUAGACACAACCGGGAUACAUCACUACAGCGGAUAGGACCGAAAUCUCUUUAUUUUCAGUGCAUCUCAGUUACAAAUUGUAGGACAAACCAACGCAAGGAAAGGUGUACCCCAGAGGCCCACCUUGGCAGCUAGAGGAGAGGUUGGCCUCCGUCACCAUGACAGCAUUGCCACGGGACGUCACCUCCCUGCCUGCAUCUAUCCUCUUCAUCUCCUCUCUCCACCUCCUCCUCCUCCUCGUCCUCCUCCCCCUACCGUCAGCUCCCUCGGCCGUGCCCCCCACACCAGCCGCUGUCGCCCCCACCACCCCCACCACCUCCGCCACCACCCCCGCUGCGCCGCUCCCCCCCGAGUGUGCACGUCGAGAGCACCCCAUCAUCUCCAUCCAAGAGCUGAGCCCUUGGAUUUCCACAUUCUCCCACCAAGGAGUGAGAGAAUACUCUCUGUUGACCCUCGACCUCACCAGGAACGAGCUUAUCGUGGGUGCAAGAAACUACCUCUUCAGACUGAGUCUAGGCAACAUCUCCCUUAUCCAGGCAACAGAAUGGAGCCCGGACGAAGACACCAGGAGGUCCUGUCAGAGCAAAGGAAAGACAGAGGUGGAGUGUCAGAACUACAUCCGGGUGCUUCUGAUCAACAAGACGGAGGUGAUGACCUGCGGAACCAACGCCUUCCAGCCGCUCUGUAUGAUCCGCGAGGUGGGUAAUCUGAGCAGCGUGCUGGAGAAGGUGAACGGCGUGGCUCGCUGCCCGUACGACCCGCGGCACAACUCCACGGCCGUGGUGACCGAGAGCGGCGAGCUGUACGCCGCCACGGUCAUCGACUUCUCGGGCCGCGACCCUGUCAUCUACCGCAGCCUGGGCGGCCUGCCUCCCCUCAGGACGGCGCAGUACAACUCCAAGUGGCUCAACGAGCCGCACUUCAUCUCGGCGUACGACGUGGGCCUCUUCACGCUCUUCUUCCUGCGGGAGAACGCGGUGGAGCACGACUGCGGCAAGACGGUGUACUCGCGCGUGGCCCGCGUCUGCAAGAACGACAUCGGCGGCCGCUUCCUGCUGGAGGACACCUGGACCACCUUCACCAAGGCGCGCCUCAACUGCUCGCGCUCGGGCGAGAUCCCCUUCUACUACAACGAGCUGCAGAGCACCUUCUACCUGCCCGAGCAGGACCUCAUCUACGGCAUCUUCACCACCAACGUGAAUAGUAUUGCUGCAUCUGCGGUUUGUGCGUUCAACCUCAGCGCCAUCACUCGGGCCUUCAACGGGCCGUUCCGCUCCCAGGAGAACCCCCGCUCCACCUGGCUUCCCACGCCCAACCCCAACCCCAACUUCCAGUGCGGCACCAUCGAGGACGACGGCCCUAACGAGGGCCUGACGGAGCGCAGUCUGCAGGACGCCCAGCGGCUCUUCCUCAUGAACGACGUGGUGCAGCCCGUCUCCGUGGACCCGCUCGUCUGGCAGGACGACGUGCGCUUCUCCAAGCUGGUGGUGGACAUCGUGCAGGGCCAGGACACCCUGCACCACGUCAUGUACAUCGGCACGGAGUACGGGACCAUACUGAAGGCCCUGGCCACGACCAAUAAGAGCCUGCAGGGCUGUUACCUGGAGGAGAUGCAGCUGCAGCCCCGGGGCCUCCGCGAGCCAAUCCUGAGCCUGCAGAUUCUCCAUGGCGACCGCAUGCUGUUUGUGGGCCUGAGGAACAAAGUGCUGAAGAUCCCGCUGGCCCGAUGCGCCGCCUACCAGAACCAGCGGACGUGUCUGGAUGCGCGGGACCCCUACUGCGGCUGGGACCAGAAGCAGCGCCGCUGCACCACCAUCGAGGACAGCUCCGACAUGAGCAAGUGGACCCAGAACAUCACCGCCUGCCCUCUCCAGAACCAGACCACUAAUGGCGUCUUCGGGCCCUGGGCACCGUGGCAACCCUGUAGCCAUACCGACGGCGACGGCUCCAGCGCCUGCCUGUGCCGCUCCCGGACGUGCGACAGCCCCCCGCCCCGCUGCGGGGGCAAGAACUGCCAGGGCCCCACCAUCGAGGUGUCCAACUGCUCCAGGAACGGAGGCUGGACCCCCUGGUCGUCCUGGGGCCAGUGCAGCACCACGUGCGAGAUCGGCUUCGAGGUGCGCCAGCGCUCGUGCAACAACCCCGCGCCCCGACACGGAGGCCGAGUGUGCGUAGGACAGGCCAGAGAACAGAGGUUCUGUAACGAGAAGGUGACGUGUCCUCAGCCCGUGUUCUGGUCGUCGUGGGGCUCGUGGACCAAGUGCAGCGCCGAGUGUGGGGGCGGGGUCCAGUCCCGUGUGCGCUCCUGUGAGAACGGCAACACCUGCCCCGGCUGCGCCCUGGAGUAUAAAGCCUGUAAUCUGGAGGCGUGUCCCGAGGUGCGGCGGAACACCCCGUGGACGCCGUGGAUGACGGUGAACGUGACGGCGGGCGGCGCGCGGCAGGAGCAGAGGCUGCGCUACACGUGCCGCGCCGCGCUGGCCGACCCGCACGAGCUGCAGCUGGGCAAGCGCAAGGUGGAGACGCGCAACUGCCCCAACGACGGCUCCAACGCCUGCGAGACCGACGCCCUGGUGGACAAGCUCCACGAGACCCCCGUGGUGCGGCUGGCGGCCUCGACCUGGUCGUCGUGGGAGACGUGGUCAGCGUGCACGCAGGACUGUGCCAAGGGCUACCGCACCCGCCGGCGCUUCUGCUCGGCAGCCGAGAGCAAGAGCAACCCGGCGGCGUGCCGCGGCUCACCCGUGGAGUACCAGGACUGCAACCCCCAGCCCUGCGCAGUGAAUGGCGCCUGGUCUUGCUGGUCGCCUUGGUCUCAGUGCUCGGUGGCGUGUGGGGGGGGGCACUACCAGCGCACGCGCACCUGCACCAGCCCGGCCCCCCAACACGGAGGGGACAUCUGCAUCGGCCUGCACACGGAGGAGGCCCUCUGUAACACUCACCCCUGCGAUGGCGGCUGGAUGGCGUGGUCGGUGUGGUCGGCGUGCGACGACACGGGCCUGCAGCUGCGCAGCCGCGCCUGCGGGUCCCAGAGCUCGCCGUGUGUGGGCAACAGCAGCCAGCACAGGGACUGCAACGAGAUCCCAGUGAUUCUCCCAGCGUCCGGCUACGAUAAGGAGCAGCUCUGUGGAAGGUUCACGCUGCUUCACCUCAUUGCCACAGGCGUGUCCUGUUUCUUGGGCGCGGGCCUUCUGUCGUUCCUCGUGUACGUUUACUGCCAGCGCUUCCACAAGCAGUCGCAGGAGUCGGCGGUCAUCCACCCCACCACGCCCAAUCACCUCAACUACAAGGGCAACACCACGCCAAAGAACGAGAAAUACACGCCCAUGGAAUUCAAGACUUUGAAUAAGAAUAACCUGCUGCCGGAUGAGCGGACCAACUUCUUCCCGUCGCCCCUCCAGCAGACGAACGUCUACACCACCACGUACUACCCCGCGGCCCUGGGCAAGUACGACUACCGGCCCGACUCCUCCCCUUCCCCGUGCAGAACCUACAACAGCUGAGGCCUGUCCUCUCGUCUCCCGUGAGGCCGUUGCCAUGGUGACAGGACUGGCUUUGAAAGCACUGGACCUCUCUUUGCCCUCCCCCAGCUCCAAGCCCCCCCCCUUCUCCCCCCUUUCGUCAUUCUCCUCUUUCCCCCGUCUCUCUAAGACCUCUGAACCCUCUCUGUCUCGAGGAGGAGGGGGAGGGUGCCCUUCUGGAACAUUCCACCCAACUGUCCUUACCUUAUCCCCUCCCACACUGGAGGAGAGAGGCCUGUCACUCAAACCCCUAGUGCGUCCCAGUUGGACGGGCUGGAGGCUGUCACAGUUUGUUUCCGGAGGAUCGUUUUGGCGAGGCCGACACUUGCUAACGAAGACCCUGAGUAGACUCACCGCAAGGAGCCUGUCUGGCUGAACUGAGUGACUCUCCACGGGAGUCUCGCAACGCACGAGAUUCCCUCCAUCUCAUCAAUAGGAAAUCCCACAGGAGGCAGUUACUGGAAUUCUCUUUGGACUCGCAAUCACACUCUGUGAAGUGGAGGUAGGAGCAGGUGGAGGUCAGGAUUUGUUUUUUAAAAAAAAGGAAAAAAAGACUACGAGAGCUCAUGACGGAGCCUGUGGUCACAGCAGUUGAUGUACACAGCACCCACACAUCUACCACAGGCAAAGGACCUUGAACCCUGAACGGCAGUUGGACUCUGGAACCAUAGGUGGUCCCCUGAGAGCCUCCUGUCUGCCUGUCUGGAGGAGAGCGUGCAAGAUAAAGACAUCCGGUGUGUGUGCGUGUGUGUGCUAUGUGUGUGUGUGUGUUUGUAUGUAGGUGUGUGUGUGUGUGUGUGUGUGUGUGUGUGUGUGUGUGUGUGCGAAAUCCAGUGUUGAAAAAAAAGAUUUCCAAAAGGGUAACACGCUGCCAGUAGUGCUGGUCUCAGGAGCUUUUAGUUUGUGCCACACGUUCACCUGCAUCCUCUGUGUCUGAGUCUUAGCAAUUGGUUCACCAUUUGGAGCGGAAGAGCUAAC